UUGAUGUGUGCCCCGAGGAAGCAGUUCGCCGCGAAUCCAACAUUUAUGAUCUGCUGGCCACAGUGAUAAGAUCGAAGCACCAACCUAACACGGGCUAAAUAUUGACGCCAUAAACGCCCAAAUUCGGCGCCCAGCGUCCCCUCAUCCACCAUGCCUCCUCUCACAGCAAUCCACCCCGCCCUCUCCUUCACUCGAGCUUUCACCUCCACAGCUCGAAUUCUCGCAAAGUCCACAAAACAAAGGCUAGCAGCUGAGCACGCAGAAGUCCCACCAUAUCCAUACGGGCCCUCUCAAUUCUACAAACAAUCCAAUUUUGGUCUUUACGGUCUCCAGAAGAUUCGCUAUGGAAAUAUAGUCUCGAAGAAGAAUGAAAUCAAGACUAGAAGGCAUUGGCGACCGAACGUUCAGAGAAAGCGUCUUUACAGCGCCAGUUUGGGGAAACAUAUCAAAUUGAGAGUUACUACCAAAGUAUUGAGGACAAUUGAUAAAGCGGGAGGAUUGGAUGAAUAUUUACUGGGGGAGAAGACGCAGAGACUAAAGGAAUUGGGAAUGGGGGGCUGGAAAUUGAGAUGGAGGAUUAUGCAGACGGAUAGUGUGAAGGAGAGAUUUAGGCUGGAGAGGAAAAAGUUGGGGUUGCCGCCGAUGGAGGAGGUUCAUUUGGAUGAGAAUGGGUUUGGUAUUACAAAGGAAGAGAUUAUGGAGCAAGUGAGGAAAUAUGAUGCGGCGAUGGCAAGCAAUGAAGAGGUUGUUAUGGAUGCAGAAGCACAGGCGGCGACAGAGUCGGAGAUUUUGGAGGAAGAUUUCAUGGCCGAAGAGCAAUAUACGGAGAGAAAGCCAAUAUUAUAGAUAUGAAAUCGUGUAUGAUCAGGAUGUAUCAAUAUCUGUCGUGUAUAAGUAUAUGCCCGACGUAGAAUUACAAUGCACAUAGUGCUCCAGAGUGUUCAAUCUCGAACUCAUGGGAUUGGUUGUAUUUACCAGCUCAAUGACCAGCUUGAAGUGAGAAAUU